AUGGUGGGAGUUGGCCGCCAAGUACUACAUACUCAGAUGACCGACCCACCUCACAGGUUUGCAAAGGAUUGGCUCGGGCCGGCCAUAGUCAAGGCCCAUGUGGCCCCGGUACUGCAUUGUAUUAAGACCAAUAAGGAAUAUCGAGUACAUGUUAAGAACAUCAAAGCUUACAUACCUCCGAUAUGCCGCGAUGAGAUGAUUCCCCGAGGCACGACGGCCAACUCGAUAUACGCAUAUUUUCUUGAUUUCACCCCUGACGAUGAGAUGUUCUUCCUCAAACAAGCACAUGAAGUCGCCACCACAACGGGAACGCUAAGCGGGAUCAAGCGAUGUUUUCGAUUCGCCGUGGACGAGACCUACCGGCAGGAGCUCUACACUAUUUGGGAGCUCAAACACAACGCAACAAUGCUCCUGGAUGCGAUCCCGUCGGCAUGA